GGAGGACUGCAAGCAAACAGAAGAACAGAAGCACAGAGGUAGGAAUCAGUCUUGCGGACAUACAACUGUUUAGGAUCAAGACGUUGGCAUCCCGAAAGCAGCCAAAGAACACAACUUUCUCCAGAGGACAUGUGUAAGGCAAUGUCUCAGCGGAACGGUCCCCACCUGCUUCUCCUAAUAGCCCUGUACAGUGUGUUAUAUUCGCGGACUCUGAGUCUACCCUACACAUCCAUGAGAGCAACGAGACACGCAGACGGUUUGUUCACCAGCGGAUACAGCAAACUCCUGGGACAGUUAUCAGCGCGGAGGUACCUGGAGUCUCUGAUCGGGAAGCGGGUCAGUGAUGAGCUGAUGGAGGAGCCGGUUAAGCGCCACUCAGACGCCAUCUUCACAGACAACUACAGCCGCUUCCGCAAACAGAUGGCAGUCAAGAAGUACCUGAACUCAGUCUUAACAGGAAAGAGAAGCCUAGAAGAUCCUGGAAACAGUGAGCCUGAAGAGCACAGAGAUGAGCCCAACACUUUCCAGGAGAGCUAUGACGACAUCAACGUAGACCACCUCCUUAGUAACUUUCAGCUGCCACUUUGAGGAGGAGCCUCAGCUCAAGUGAAUACCUCAACUUAUCCUCAUAAAAAUGAUCAUUAAAGAUACAAAGUAACUGUAUUAAUCCAAAGGACAUUCAAAAGUCAGAUCAAGCAAGAACAACAUGUUAUCCAAUGUUAUUAUUUAUCUAUUCACACAGUACAUGUUAACUCUGUAUUGAAUACAGUAUAUCCUGUAUCCAUUUAUUGCUAAUCAGUAAAGAUGUUUCAGGCCACACGAGUAACUUGCACAGUUCUGGUCAAUUAACAUUGGAAGCUAUUUAGUUUUUUGAGAUUAUUCUAUGUUCAAACUGAUUAAAAUGAGACUAAAUCUGUUUUCUUUUGAUUAUCAAUGAAAAUAUGAAUUAAAUGCACGAUAUUUGAUGAAAUAGAUCAAAUGAAACACAAGUCUUAGUUGACUUAUACUCACACAAAUGCCUGAUAGUUAAAUAAAAACGUAUUUUCAGCCUUUAAACCUUCUUUAAAUGAAGUUUCGUAGCAACUGCUCAGUUAUUAUUCGUCCAUGUUUACUUUUAUUUAGUUUUUCUGUGAUAUAACUUAAAUGGAAAAUUUGGCAUGAAUAAUUUUGAAAAUGUACUUUAGAACCACUGGACCCAAUGAAUGUCAAAUGAUGUUCCCAUUCAUUUGCAUAGCAUGAACAUUUAGGUUGAGUGUCAAUUGGCAUCUGAAAAGGAAACCUUUGCUAUGAAUUAGCAGUAAAAGUAGAAAAACAUCAUUAAUACACUUUUGCUUGGAUGCAUAAGUAUUAUUAGGUUGACGCAUUUUUUGCAUUAACCAAAAGGUCUGAUUUAUUUUUGCCAAACAAUUGUUCCAUAAUUUUUCAGUAAAAAGCUAGUCCUGGACAUUCGGCCGGCAAUCAUGUUUCCAGGUUAAGCAUCAAUUCAACGUAAUUACAAUUCUGUUGCCAUUUUUUCAAAACCAUUUGAAUCAUUAAAAACCAAAAAGUUCUCCCGUUCAUUUUCAUGAGCUCAGUUGUGACUGCGAUGCAGAUUUGUUUCAAGAAAAUAUCUAUGUUGUCUUUUAAAUAAAGAAGAAAACUCCUGGGCAAGGCUUUGAUGUCUUUGUGAAUGGAUGCAGAUGCAUUUCCUUACUUUAUACCGUGCAGUAUUUAGUGCAAACAAGUCAUAUCUGUGCAUAGACCUGCCUUUAGUGCAUAGCGAUGUAAACCAUUCACCAAAUAAAACAUGUUGAUUUAUUUUUCAAA